UCGGCCACACUAAGAGAAAGGGGGGAACUAAAGCAAUGCAACUCUGGUGUAAUCAUCCUCUGCUGUAGACGCUGUGAUCUUGGAGCAUUCGGAAUCUUCUCUGGCACCCCUCUGAGGCUGUAUGUGGGCGGUCCCGUCCUGUCAGGUUGCACGCUGGAGUUUGUUUGCAAGAAGCUGAGUAACAAUGAGCAAUAUUUACAUUCAGGAGCCGCCGACAAACGGCAAGGUUUUGCUGAAAACAACUGCUGGAGAGAUUGACAUUGAAUUGUGGUCAAAAGAGGCACCAAGAGCAUGCCGAAACUUUGUACAGCUUUGUUUAGAAGGUUAUUAUGAUAACACAAUAUUUCACAGAGUUGUUCCUGACUUUAUUAUUCAAGGGGGAGAUCCUACAGGUACUGGAACAGGAGGUGAAUCUGUUUAUGGUAAACCUUUUAGGGAUGAAUUCCAUUCACGUCUCCGAUUUAAUCGCCGAGGAUUGGUUGCUAUGGCAAACGCUGGACCUCAUGAUAAUGGAAGCCAAUUUUUCUUUACUCUUGGCCGUGCCGAUGAGCUUAAUAACAAGCAUACCAUCCUUGGAAAGGUGACUGGCGACACCAUAUAUAAUAUACUGAGACUAGCAGAGGUUGAUAUUGGAGAGGAUGAGAGACCUGUCAACCCACACAAGAUAAAAACCACAGAGGUGCUGUUUAAUCCUUUUGAUGACAUAGUUCCAAGAAUAAUUAAAAAGUCAAAAAAAGAAAAGGAAGAAGAAGAGGAGGCAAAGAAGACCAAAGCAAAAGGAACAAAGAAUUUUAAUUUGCUUUCUUUUGGUGAAGAAGCUGAAGAGGAUGAGGAAGAGGUUAAUGAAGUCAGCAAGGUCAUGAGAGGCAAAAGUAAAAGCAGCCAUGAUCUUCUGAAAGAUGACCCCGGACUCAGUUCUGUUCCAGCAGUGGAUAGAACAAAAGACUCUCCAAGGUCAGACAGCGACACAAAUGAGGAUGAGCCGAGUGAUGAAGAUGAUGAUGUGGAUAGUGAUGAGAAGCAGCAGAUAAAAGACCGCAUUUCCAAUAAGCUCAGAAAAGACCCAAGCAAAACCAUAAAACAAGCAGCAAAGUCUGAGGAAACAGACGAAAAAAAAAGUAGUCGCAGUGAAGAAUUAAGAAAAGAAGCACGACAGCUAAAACGGGAGCUAAAAGCAGCAAAAGAGAAGAAAGAAAAUGAUAUAAAGGAAUCUGAGACAGCAAAGGAAGCUGAAAACACUGUUACUAACAGCGCUCUGGAAGAAUACCUCAAGGAAAAGGAAAAGUAUGAAGAACUCAGAAAGAAAAAUUCGAACAAAGGGGUAUCUAGGGAGCAACAGACAUUAGCUCUUCUGGAUCGAUUCAAAUCAAAGCUCACACAAGCAAUAACUGAACCACCAAAAGAGGAAGAAGUGUCCAACAUAGAUGAAGAUAAUGAUGAAGGAUGGUUGUCUCAUGUCCUGCAGUUUGAGGAGAAGAGCACAAAGGUAAAAGAUGCGAACAUGCAGGACGAAGAUACUUUUGAAAUAUAUGACCCUCGCAAUCCUGUCAACAAAAGGAGAAGAGAGGAAAGCAAGAAACUAAUGAAGCAGAAAAAAGAGAGAAGAUGAACCAGUAAUAAUCCAGUUAUCUUACAUUAAAGACGGAUGUUUUUAUAUUCACAAGCAGAUCUACUUCUUCCAUUGUGACAUAACUAAGUGUGUUAAUAUAUUUCCCAUGCAUCCUCAUUUAAGACUGUAAAGUAAGAUUUUACCCAAAUCAAGACUUUUUUGUGACACUUCAACAAUAAAGGACCAUAUCUCCAAAUGUUUUUAACUGCCGCUUUUUGUGGUGGUUCCAUUUUUUUUUAUACAUCAAAGUUUUCUGAGUAUUUCCCUUGUAUAUUAAAAUACUACAUAAAGUUAGACAUCCCUUUUAUUGUAGAAUUAGUGUAUUCACUUUAUUUCAGGGUCAUUGUCCUUUAGCAACAUAAACUGACAGACUGGACACCAUAAUUCUCUGGGAAUGAUGCUCUACUAAGUUGCAAAAUAGGCACCACCAACCAUACAUGUAUUUGCAGUGCUUGUCAGAAUUUAAUUUUUUUGAUACUUAUUAAAGACAUUAACGCCUUAAA